AUGGACACGAUCCGAGAAUGGUUUAUACCUCAAACGAAAAUUGAUCCGUCCAGGGUCCCGGCGAUGACUCCUCCUCCGCUCAUAACUCAGAGCCAAGUAGAAACCCGCAAGACCGAGGAGCCGCCUCCCGAAGUGUACCCUGAUCGCGCGCUGGUGCAAUCGCGCCCAGCGCCGAUAGUUGUGGAGUCUCGAGAACGGCACGAGCAUCUCCCGGAGAUGAUGGUCUACCAGCAACAAGUGCAAGCCGCUCCUGUGAUGUUCGUCGACAGACAAGUGCAGCAUGCCAGCAGCAUGCAGCAGCGGCUGGAAUACAUCCCUCCAGAUUACAUUCAAGUGAUACAACAGCCACAAGUAGAGUACCAGGUGGCUCCAGUCCAAUACAUCUACCAACCCGAAGUUGUUACCCAGCAAGUGCAACCGUUCCCUGUCACAUACGUCGAGAGAUCACCGGUGCAAGUGCAGCAUGAAUACAUCUCGCAGCCGGUUCAAAUUUACUCCACCAAAGUCAACCAGUUUUAUCAACAACCCAUCACAGAAACGAGAGAAGUUCAACAGAAUUUCCAGCUCCAGGAGUAUCAGAACCUCCAAGUCACUUCGCAGCCUAUGUUGUUUUCUGUGCAACAAAGUGCUCCGAUCAUCACGGAAUCUUCGUUUGUAUCAAUGUCAAAUCAACCGGUUCCGACAAACUUCGUCCAGCAGGUUGAAGUCCCGCGGCAGAUGGACGACGAGGACACAGAUGCCCUCAUGGCAAGGAUAGAUCGUACUCUGGCUGAAGCCAACCGGACCUUGGGGCAGAACUCAGUUGAACAUGGAGUGAAGAAGAUUCAUGCUUCGGAGCAUGCUCCUGACUUCGUCGACGGCAUCAAGGUCUAG